AUGGCUAACAUCAGCCAUCUGUGGUUCUGGCUUGGGUUAAUCGCCGCCGCCACCGCGCUCUACACGAUAAUCCUCAUUGUCUAUCGCAUCUUCUUCCACCCGCUGGCUAAGUACCCGGGGCCACUCAUUGCCAAGGUCACGGAUGCUUACCAGUUAUAUCAUGCCUGGAAGGGGGACCGCCACCUCGAGUUCUGGCGCAUGCACGAGAAACAUGGCAAAAUCGUUCGCUUCGGUCCAAACAGCGUUUCUUUCAAUUCAAACACGGCCCUCAAGGAUAUUUAUGGCUUCCGCUCCAACGUUCGCAAGGCCGAAUUCUACAACGCCUUCGUACACCCAGCCCCCAACACGCACAACACGCGCGACAAGGACGUACACGCGCGAAAGCGCCGCGUCAUGGCUCAGUCUUUCUCCGACAACGCCAUCCGUGAGAUGGAGCGCUACAUUCUUGCCAACGUACGGACUUUCACCACGCAAAUCGGCGCUGGCGCCGAUAAUCUGGAGAAGAAGGGCUGGUCCACACCCAAGAACAUGACGGAUUGGUGCAACUACCUUGCCAUGGAUAUCCUGGGUGAUCUUGCCUACGGCAAAGCAUUCCACAUGCUUGAGGCUCCUGACAACCGUUUCGCGCUCGACUUGAUUGCCGCUGCAACCAAGCGUCACUUAAUCUGCGGUACCAUGCCAAUCGUCGACAAACUCAAGCUUGACAAGUUUCUGUUCCCCCAGAUUGCCGCCGGCCGUGCUCGCUACAUGGUAUACAGCAAGGGUCAACUGACCGAGCGUACGAAGCUCGGCGACGAUACUGACCGUCGCGACUUCUUCUACCACCUGCUCAAGGCCCGGGACCCCGAAACCGGCCAAGGCUUUUCUACCCGCGAGUUGUGGAGCGAAUCUAACCUUCUUAUUAUUGCUGGUUCCGACACCACCUCGACUGCCAUGGCCGCUACUCUGUUCUACAUUACCCGUAGCCCGGCAGCUCUUCAAAAGGCUACAGAGGAGAUCCGCAGCAAGUUUGGUGAUGUGGAGGAAAUCCACCAGGGACAGACCCUGAACUCGUGCUCCUACCUCCGCGCCUGCGUCGACGAGGCCAUGCGUCUCUCGCCCUCUGUCGGUGGUCUGCUCCCCCGGGAGGUUCUCCCAGGUGGCUUGACGAUUGAUGGAGGCUUCAUUCCCGCUGGCACCGUUGUCGGCACGCCCCACUACACCAUUCACCACAACGAGAAUUACUACUCGUCACCGUUUGCUUAUGAGCCCGAGAGGUGGAUUGUUGGCGCCACAAGGGCGUCGACGGGCCGCGCCACGACUGAGGUCGAUUUGACCGCUGCACAGAGUGCGUUCUGCCCAUUCUCCGUGGGUCCUCGCGGUUGCAUCGGCAAAGGCCUGGCCUACGUCGAAAUGAUGGUCACACUGGCGCGCACUCUGUACUUAUAUGACCUGCGCAAGGCUGUCGGCGUGGUGGACCCUGGUGAGGGCAGCCCUGACUUUGAGUAUGGACGUCACCGGGUGUCGGAAUUCCAGCUGAGCGACACCUUCACCAGCGUCAAGGACGGCUGCCUCGUGGAGUACCGCAGGCGGGACUAG